GCUCUUGAACCUUAUAUCUCGGCCGAAAUAAUGCAAAUUCAUCAUAAUAAACAUCAUCAAGCGUAUGUUAAUGGACUUAACAUGGCCGAAGAAAAGUUCGAACAAGCGCUUAGAGAUCAAGAUGUUACUGGACAAAUCGCUUUACAAUCGGCAUUAAAAUUCAAUGGUGGAGGUCAUGUUAAUCAUUCCUUAUUUUGGACAAAUCUCGCGCCUACUAAAGAGGGCGGUGGUGAGCCUCCUAAGGGAGCUCUUCUUAGCGCUAUCCAGAAAGAAUUUGGGUCUCUUGAUGAUUUCAUUAGCAAAUUUAAUACAAUAACUGCUGCAGUUCAAGGAUCGGGCUGGGGUUGGUUGGGUUAUAACAAAACUAGUAAACGUAUUGAAAUUGUGACACUUCCGAACCAAGAUCCUUUAACAACACAUGUGCCUCUCCUUGGUAUUGAUGUCUGGGAACACGCCUAUUAUUUGCAGUAUAAAAAUGUCAGACCUGACUACUUGAAAGCCAUUUGGAAUGUGGUUAAUUGGAAAACGGUUGCUGAAAGAUUAGCAAAGGCUCAGUCAUCUUCCGAAUGA